UGAAUUUGUGAAAUGGAGUCUCGUGAAGCAGCAGGUGAAGGUAAAGGCGUAAAGGUGUGAAUGAGAGAGAGAGAGAGAGAGAGAGAGAGAGAGAGAGAGAGAGAGAGAGCCAAAUAAAUGCUCUCCUUCUUCUCCUUCUCUUUCCCGGUUUCCCUUCUCCUUCUGUCAAUCUUUCUUUCUCUUUCUACUCUGCUCCACAUAACUCAAGAACCCACCCCUCAAAUCCAAAUCUAAAUCCCAUUUUUUACUUGCUUAGUUUAAUAACCCUCACAUUCUUUGCUUUCUCCUUUUCCUUCACGAGAUCCCCAUCUUUUUCUUCCCUCUUUACCUUCCAUUCUUGUUCAUGUCUUCGUCUUAUACUUUUAUCUCUUUCUUCCAUUGCUUCUCUCUUUUCUCUUCACUUACAUUGUUUUAGGUUAUACCCAUUUUUUUGUUAUUUCCUUUCAUUUUUCUCACUUAAAACACAAAAAAUGGCGAAUACUGGAAAACCCAUUUCGGAGUUAGGUAUAGAAACCCUUUCAGAUCGACUCAAAGAUUCUUCUAUUAAUAACAAACCCGAUUUCCGGGAACUAGAUCUGGGUUCACCCGUUUCUCCUUUAAGAACCCGUACCAGUGUACCCAAUCCGACUUCACUUACUACUACCACUACUACUAGCAGUUCUUCUGGCUCUUCCGGUUCAUUUCCCGGUCGGAAUGUCGUUAAUCCGGUUCCCAAAAGUCAUUCCGGUGAGCUUAUCGGUUCAACCGAGACUACCCCACGUAUUCGUCCGGGUCAUAAACGGUCAGAUUCGUGCGGGUCAACUGGGUCACUCCCGCUUAUUUACUCUGGUGGUGGUGGAUCCUCGGUGAAUUCACCUCCUUUGAAUGCGCUUCCCACUGGAAAUAUCUGUCCAUCGGGUCGGACCUUAAAACCGGGUAUGGUAGCUGCCCGUCCAGUAACCCGUACUGAUGUAUUAGGAUCAGGAACAGGGAAUUACGGUCAUGGGAGUAUAAUGCGGUCAGGAAAUAUAGCCCCACGGUCAGGGGAAAUGCUAGUCGGACCUUCACAUGGUUGUGGAGAUCCGAUUAAGAAAGCAAUGGCAAGUUCGGAUCCGGAAGAGAUAAAGCGAAUUGGGAAUGAGCAGUACAAAAAAGGUCAUUUUUCUGAGGCAUUAAGUUUGUAUGACCGUGCUGUUGAGCUUUCUCCGUGCAAUGCUGCUUACCGUAGUAACCGGGCUGCUGCAUUGACGGGUUUGGGUAAGAUCGCCGAGGCGGUUCGAGAUUGUGAGGAUGCUGUUAAGUUAGAUCCUUUCUACGGAAGGGCUCAUAUGAGAUUAGGGUCUUUGCUAAUUAGGUUAGGACAGGUGGAGGCUGCUAGAAGGCACUUAUUCCAUGCUGGGCAGCAGCCUGAGCCAACAGAACUUCUCAAGUUACAAACAGUGGAGAAGCAUCUAAGUAGAUGUACUGAUGCUCGGAGAAUUGGAGAUUGGAAAAGCACAUUGCGGGAAGGAGAUGCAGCAAUUGCCGCUGGAGCAGAUUAUUCCCCUCAGAUUUUCUCUUGUAGGGUUGAAUCCCUUUUGAAGAUGCAGCAACUUGAUGACAUAGAUAAUGUCCUAUCACACAUACCAAAAGUUGAACCAUCUCCAAACUGCUGUUCACAGAGUAAGUUUUUUGGGAUGCUUUCUGAGGCUUACCUCUUUUAUGUUCGGGCCCAGAUCGAGAUGGCAUUUGGAAGGUUUGAGAAUGCAGUUUCGUGUGCUGAGAAAGCCGGGAAGAUCGAUCCUAGGAGUGUUGAAGUCGUUAAAUUGCUCAACAAUGUAAGGCUAGUGGCAAGAGCUCGUGCACGUGGAAAUGACCUCUUUAAGUCAGAAAGAUUUACAGAAGCAUGUUCAGCUUAUGGAGAAGGCUUAAAGCUUGACCCAUUCAGCUCGGUUCUUUACUGUAACAGAGCAGCCUGCUGGUUUAAACUUGGGAAUUGGGAGAAGUCUAUUGAAGAUUGUAAUGUUGCUCUUCGUAUUCACUCUAAUUAUACCAAGGCACUUCUUCGAAGGGCUGCCUCAAACAGCAAGCUUGAACAAUGGGCUGAGGCGGUUAGAGAUUAUGAAAUUCUAAGGAAAGAACUUCCACAUGACAAUGAAGUUGCCGAGUCUUUAUUCCAUGCUCAAGUUGCUUUAAUGAAAGCACGUGGUGAAGAUGUAUACAACAUGAAGUUUGGUGGUGAUGUAGAGAAAAUUAUCUGCCUGGAUCAAUUUAGAGCUACGAUAUCUUCACCAGGUGUCACAGUGGUUCAUUUUGAAAUUCCCUCAAACCCACAAUGCAAGCGCGUUUCUUCUUCCUUGGAUAUGCUGUGUGGUCGAUACCCUUCAAUCAAUUUCCUCAAGGUGAAUGUUGAGGAGAACACCGAGGUUGCAAAUGCUGAGAAUGUGAGGAUUGUACCGACAUUCAAGAUUUACAAGAAUGGUAGUCGGGUGAAGGAGAUUGUAAACCCAACAAGUGAUGUGUUGGAAGCUUCGGUGAGACACUAUAGUUUUUGAUACGUGAGUCUACUAUUAUCUUUAGUUGCCCUCAUUUUUUCCUGAAGUUUUCUUGUUACAAACCUGCAAACCCAAUCCAAUGCACCUAAUUACCCACUGAAUGGUGGUACUCUUACUUACAACUUCAAUCUUUUUUCCCAUCCAACAUCAGAGGAUUACUGUUUGUUCACCCGUGACAUAAAAAACUUGAGCCGCACAAUAAUCCCAUUUUAGGAGCCAAGGGUUUAGACCAGAGGAAACCAGGGGGAGAUAACUUAGAUCCUCAUCCCCGUCUUUUGCAUUUUAUCAAAAUUUAUUAAUUCAUUAUCCACCCUUUUUCUCUUCAUAUAAUUUCAAUGAGAACUACUUUUUAUUUUUCAUUUUCACUUGGCCAGCAUAAUUGUUGUAAAACUCCCACCCUUGCCGAUAAUCUGUUGAUUUGCAUAAAGGAAUAGCGAAGCAGGAUGUGUGUAUACUUUGGUUAGGUUUGAUGGAGAAAAGAAGAGACGGAGUAGAGGUGGUUGGCUGGCUGCUGAUAGGAAAGAGGGAUUUGUACAUGUAUAUAUGUUCAUGAUAUAUACAAAAAUACACCGAUUACAAUUGGAGGUCGAGGUCGAGGUUGAGGCUGUGGUGGAGUUCAGAUAUGUCUGGUGGGUAAGUGAAAAGGAGGAAGGAUGAAUAUGUUAAAUUGAAUGUUUUAUUUUUUUUUUCUUUUUAGAUAAUUUGUUGUUACUUUUGUUCAACUUCCAUUAUUUCAUCAAUAAAAAAACUCCCUAUCAAUUUCCCCCUUGAAAACACCCUGAUUGAUUGAUGAUGCUGUUGAUGAUGAUGAUUUUAUUGAUUUAUAAUUCUGUAGUAGUGUAAGUUCUGUGCCCUCAUUGAAUCUUGAUGUUUGACUAACAGUACCAUAAUAUUAUUAGUAUUAUCUUAUACUAGACUGGUGUACCAAGUAGUUGUACAGAAAGAUGAUUUUUUUGAUGGGGUUUCAGAAUUUGUCUUUUGGUGGGUAGUUUCAUUGAGAGUAAUAAUGAGUACUAGAAUGUGUUAAUUGAAGACUGUAUAGUGUAUACGGUAUAGUAGAAGUACUUGUUUGUAUUUCUACGAUUAAAAUUAUUAAGCAAAUUGAUGGGUGGUUGAGCUCAUUCAUUGCUAGAGUACUAUCUUAUGUUACCAUACACAUUAGACGGUGCUCCGUCUGGUUCGGUCCCCAUUUCCAUCUCCUUCCUCAUUCUCAUUGAGGGCAUGUUUAGAUUUUUCUUAUUAUGGAGGUAAUACAUUUGAAGAAGAUAAAAUGAGCAUGAAAUAAAAAUAAUGAAGGAAAAAAAAGAUGAUUUUUCUUAUUAUGGAGGUAAUACAUUCUCUUAUUCUCCCCUAGGAUAAAUAUUUACUUUACAAAAUUGAAAGCUUUUUUCAUUUUGCAUUACU